CAUACUAUACUGUUUUACUUAAAAAGGAUUUGAAGGCCGCCGCUCGUCCUUCACAUCUGUAGAGCAACGCUCUGUCCUUGCAACCGCGCAGCGCGACUGAAUCCAGCUUUGAAGUUGCGGAAAAUCUGUCAGUCAGGGAGCUGAGGGACAACUCACAAAGCAGCUUCGCUGAUUCCUGGGAGGGGGCCUCGUAGAGGAACGGCGCCGCAGCAGCGCAUCCAAUCAGCAUGAAAGGCAUCAGCUUGAAUGCACGCAUGCAUCGGAUAUGGGGCGCUUACGAGCGGCAGCUGAGCAGGCGCCCCGUCCUGACCCAAAUGGCGACGUCAUGCUUGCUUUGGGGCUGCGGCGACGUGCUUGCCCAGAGGGCCGUUGAGCAGCGACGCCUGUCCGAACUUGACGGACGCCGCGUGGUCUGCACAGCUGCCUUUGGUGCCGCGUUCAUGGGGCCCGUUGGUCAUUUUUGGUAUCAACAGUUGGAUGUCAUUUGCGCAAAGCUGUUGGCGACCGGUUCCCCGGGCUUUCUCGCAGCCAAGCUCAUUGCCGACACAGCCAUCAUGGGCCCGCUCUACGUGGUGGCUUUUUACGCCUGGGGCUGUGCGCUUAUUGACGGCUCGGGCUGGGAGGGCUUCAAGAAGAAGAUUAUGCAGGACUUUAUCCCAACCUACACGGCUGAGCUGGCUGUAUGGCCUCUGUUCCAAGCCUUCAACUUUACUCGUAUACCAGUGGAGCACCAGCUGCUGGCCGUCAACGGAGCCACCCUCGUUGAUGCCUGUUUUCUGUCGUGGGCGCGAUCCCAGGAUGAUUGGGUUGCCACGGUGUUGGCUGCGCUACAGGCCUGGCAGGAAGGUACCGACGGCAGCCGCAAGGCGGCGGCGGCUGGGCAGGCCAAGCUGGUGGCCUGGCGGGCAACAGCGGGUAACAGCUAG